AUGGCGACAGACGCUGCUGAGAGUCCCAGCAAGGCGGCGCAGUACCGGGUGGACCACCUCCUCAGCGCCGUGCAGAGCGAGCUGCAGGCGGGCAGCGAGAAGGGCGACCCCACGGAGCGCGAGCUCAAGGUGUCCCUGGAUGAGCGCGAGCUGUGGCAGAAAUUCAAGGAGCUCAUAAACGAGAUGAUCGUUACAAAAAACGGCAGGCGCAUGUUUCCGGUUCUGAAAGUAAACGUGUCCGGACUGGACCCGAACGCCAUGUACUCGUUUCUGCUGGACUUUUUGUCGGCGGACAACCACAGGUGGAAGUAUGUGAACGGGGAGUGGGUGCCCGGAGGCAAACCUGAACCCCAGACCCCCAGCUGCGUGUACAUCCACCCGGACUCCCCGAACUUCGGGGCCCACUGGAUGAAGGCUCCGGUCUCCUUCAGUAAAGUCAAGCUGACGAACAAACUCAACGGCGGAGGUCAGAUUAUGUUAAAUUCGUUGCACAAAUACGAGCCCCGCAUCCAUAUCGUGCGGGUUGGAGGCCCGCGGAGGAUGAUCACUAGCCACUCGUUUCCGGAGACGCAGUUUAUUGCAGUUACAGCUUACCAAAAUGAAGAGAUUACGGCUCUGAAAAUAAAGUACAACCCAUUUGCCAAGGCCUUUUUAGAUGCUAAGGAGAGGAAUGAUAACAAAGACAUGCGGGAAGAUGCCAGUGAAAAUCACCAGUCUGGUUACUCUCAGUUGGGCAGCUGGUUCAUCCCAGGAACCGGACCCCUCUGCCCCCCUGCCAGCUCUCACAGCCAGUUUGGGAGUCCCAUCUCCCUCUCGCCGACCCACAGCUGUGAGCGCUACACUUCUCUGAGGAGCCACCGCUCAACCCCGUACAGCAGCCCUUACAGCCAUCGGACCAACUCGCCCACUGGUUACUCCGACAACUCCUCAACUUGUCUGUCGAUGCUCACCAGCCACGAGAACUGGUCCGGUCUUCAGGUGCCGACACACUCCAGCAUGAUGCCCGCUGGCCACAACUCUCACAGCUCUGCUGCCAACUCCAGUCAGUACACCAGCCUGUGGUCUGUGAGUAACCCGGCCCUCACCCCGGUGUCUCAAGGUGGGGGGGUCAACAGCUGCCUGGGCUCCCAGUUCUUCCGAGGCUCCUCGGGUCACUAUCCCGGCCUGACCCACUCCGUGGCGGCGCCCCCCUCUGGAUCUCCCAUGUACGGUGGCAGCUCGGCCACGGAGGCGCAGGAUGCUGCGGCUCAGUAUGACGGCCGGCUGCCUUCGGCCUGGACUCCUGUUACACCCCCGUCCCUUUGA